AUGUCGAUAGCUCCGAUGACGGCGAUGGUGGAUCCGAAGACCAUCUCUUUAUCAAAGCAUAUUGCUUUUGAAGUUGUUCAUCGUUACUUGAUUUGCAUAGUUCGAGCCUCUAGCACACUCAAGGCAUCAGAGAAUGUAGUUAAAGAACAGCCCCACAAAUCUCAUGGCUCAUCUUCACUCCCUUCUAAUUGGGACAGAUAUAAGGAUGAAGAUGAAGAUGAUAUCAUCACAGAAAGUCAAAUACAUGGUCAAUCUAGUAAACAAAGUAAUGUAGUUUUAUCGAAAAGUAAAGGUGCAGAUUAUGCUUACUUGAUUUCUGAAGCCAAGUCCCAGAAUUCAACGAGGUUUUCUUCAGAAAUCUUUCCAUCUCUUGAUGAUUUUGUUUAUAGUAAGGGGAAAGACUCCUUUCUUGUUGUAAGAGGAGAAAGCUUGCUGUCAUCGAUUCAAAAUGAUAGUUUCUUUGUGGAUGAUAAGACACCUGCAAACUAUGAGCAUAAGGAAGUGUUUAAACUAUAG